AUGCAUCAUGCUCUGCAGAUUGAAGAGAUCGUCGAAAACAUACUCUGGUUUGCAGGCCCAAGGGAGUCGUCUACUUCCUUUCGCCCUCCCAGUUGGGAUGACAAGGGCCACCCAUUCAAGAGUCUUGCGGUCUUGGCUCGUACAUGUGCUGCGUUAUCUGAGCUGGCACUGGAUGCCCUUUGGGCGCACAUCGAUAGUAUCGAGCCGUUGUUGUUAUCCCUUCCCGACGCUCUCAUCGAGGUUCAAGAAAGUGGCCCCAUCUGGCACAAGUCAUUCGCUAAAGCGGCCGUUCAGUCUCAACGGUUGGAAAACUUUUUGCAAGUACUCCAGCCGCAUGCUCAGUCUGCGUUGGAGGCACACCAUGCACAGCCAACUUACUUCUGA